UAAUAAUACAUAUGAAACAGGAGGACACAUGGAAAAUAUUCAGUUUAAACAAGAAGCAGAAAAGAAAUUAGCAAUACUUCAAUGACUUUUCUAUUAAUAAGAAACUACUAAUUUAAGGAUGCAGAUCCAUUUUUACAGCCGACGUAACCGUUUGGUGCGUCUUAACUCCAUAAUUUCUUUUCAUUUUCCUGUUGAAGGAUCAUCCUAAACCCAGAAAAGCUCACCCUUUAAACAAUCUCAUUUUCUGAUUCUUAUCAUUUCUUCAAAAUAUCAAUAUAAAAUUAAAUAAACAAGGAAAGAGGAUCUCUAAGAAUGUUGAAUCUAGCAACCUUAGGGAAGGUCACUACGACCAUCAUGUUGUUGAUGGUCAUGGCUAAUGUUUUGGUUGGAGCUUCGGACAACAACGUGGUGUACAGUCCAUGUUCAGACACUCAAAUAAGCAAAGGGGAUGGUUUCACCAUAGGUGUUGCAAUCUCAAGCAAAGAAGCUUUCUUCCUUGACCAAGUCCAGCUUUCCCCUUGCGAUUCUCGUCUUGGUUUAGCUGCGAAAAAGGCACAGCUGGCGCUUUUUAGACCUAAGGUGGACGAGAUCUCUCUUCUCUCCAUCGACACAAGUAAGUUUGACCCGAGUGAAGCAGGAGGACACAUGGUUGGGUUCGCAGGCUCGAAGUACGCAGCAAGAUCUUAUCCCGUGAAGGUCGCUGAUGGAAGCCACACAAUCACAUCUUUCACACUUGUGUUGGAGUUUCAGAAGGGAGUGUUACAUAAUCUUUUCUGGAACAACUUCGGAUGCGACUUGUGCAAAGGAGGAUCUUCUUCUGUGUGUCUGAAUGGGACGGAUUGUGCAGUGCCAACAUCAAAAUGCAAGGCUAAUGGAGGUGGAGCUAAUUGCAACAUCGGAAUCCAGGUGGCGUUUUCAGGGACAGACAAGAACCUUGAGUCAUUGAACUCAUGGUACGAGGUGAGCAACCUGAGGCAGUACUCUCUCACCGACCUCUACGCAAAUGCUGUAAAUUCUCUGAGUGGAGGGCUUCUGUAAGAAAGAGACUUAUAAAGAGUAAUGCAGAAGCAGGUACUAUGUAACUGAAGUUUCUGAGUAGAUUUUUUAACUAUCAUGGCUUACACAAAUAACUUGCCCUCCAAGUUCACCAAGCCAAAAUUUACAUUUCUAUGGGUCAAAUAACAUAAUACAAACUCA